ACUGGGGUGGAAUGAAGGGAUGGGGAGAGUUGUUCAACAAUGAGUGGAACGCGCGGUGCACGAAGGAAAAGUCCCAGAAUUGCACUGAUAUGAUUACACUAAAUUAAAUUUAAUAGCAUCACAGAGUUGAAUAAUUUGCUGGAAAUACUCUGAAUGUCGAGAGAGAGUGAGCAAAAAUAACAACUCUCCGAGCGCUUCUUUGUAUAAUCAAAACUCUGAGUGUUUGUGACGAUCGCGCCUAUUGACAAUCGUGAUUUCCCUCAAUAUGUUUUUCUCCACAGUGAAUUGAGGAACUUAUCGGUGGGGUAAAUUUUUUUUUUCUUUCCAUUAAAAGAUCCCAUGCUGUUGUUGAUGAAAAGCGCGCGUAUCUGGAUUGAGCGGGACAUGAGGUCUGAAUGCUCUGACUUCAUCAGCACUCUGGCGCGUGCUAUUGGUUUCUCAUACAAAAAUAAAGGGACAGAUUCCAAUAUAAAAGGAGUUACUCAAUAUCACGACGAGCAGUCGUGCUUGUUGGAUAGUUUUAAAUUUCCCUCCUGCUGCAAAAGCGAGGAUAGUGAUUUGUAUAUGGAGAGCAAACAUCGACACAAAAAUGCCUGUCUGCGCUGCCAGGCGGAGAGCAAGAAGGACGCCCUGGGCAGGCAAGACUGCGUGGUCGUGUGGGGCGACUGCAACCACUCAUUCCACCACUGCUGCAUGGCGCUGUGGGUGAAGCAGAACAAUCGCUGUCCGCUGUGCCAGCAAGAGUGGUCCAUUCAGCGGAUGGGCAAGUGAACUGCCCGCGCAGGAAGAAGAUCAUGAUCUCUGAGGUAUUAAAAAGGAUGUUGGAAAGAGGAAAAAAAAUGUGGUUUUUGUGGGGAAAACAGGGCAGAAGAGGGCAAAAGAAGUGCCCCGGGUGAGGAUCGAACUCACGACCUUAAGAUUAUGAGACU